AAUGGUAGGUGUGAACUUUAGCCAGAGAGGUAACAUUCCUGCAGGAGGAGGAGGAGGAAGAACAGGAGGUGUGGUACUACUUCCAUGAUCUCCCCCGGUCAGAUUUACUCUCUCCUGGCCGCCCUGCAGCACCUCAUCAUGGGCAGCGUCCUGCUGAAGUGCGCCGCCGCAGACCUCGCCAUCCAGUGGGGGGGCUGGGCUGUGGCUUCGGCCCUCAAGACGGAAAAGUUCUACGACCUGGCAGGAUCCGGAACCUUUAUACUGCUGGCCCACCUGAGCCGGCUGUGGGGAGGAGCCGCUCACCUCCGGCAGAAUGUGCAGACCGGGCUAGUCACAGCGUGGGGGCUCAGACUCGGGACAUUCCUCUUCAUGCGGAUCUUGAAGGACGGCCACGACCGCAGGUUCAACAACGUCAGAGACAGCCCGGGGACGUUCUUCGUGUACUGGACCAUCCAAGCGCUGUGGGUGUUUGUGACGCUGCUGCCCACCCUGAUGCUGAACAGCGAGAAGAGGGACGUUCCUCUGGGGCCGAGGGACUACAUCGGGUGGGCCGUCUGGGGCCUCGGCUUCGCCACCGAAGCUAUCGCCGACCAGCAGAAGUGGAUCUUCAAGAGGGAGCCGGGGAACGCUGGGAAGUUCAUCCAGAGCGGACUCUGGGCGUACAGCCGGCACCCCAACUACUUCGGGGAGAUCCUGCAGUGGGGGGGUCUGUGGCUGACGGCCUCCUCGGUGAUGGCGGGCCCUCAGCUGCUGAGCGCCGCCUCGCCGCUCUUCGUCUGGUUCCUGCUGCGCCACGUCAGCGGCAUCCCCAUCCUGGAGAAACAGGCACUGAAGAAGUGGGGGUCCGACCCCGCCUUCCAGGACUACGUCAGGAACACCCCCCUGCUCUGGCCCAGGUGCUUCUGAGCUGCUGGAUUUACACUGACGAUAAACACCUGCUCCUCUUCUGUCGUUCUGUUGAAUAAAUUCCUUUAUGUCA